AUGGUGACCGCCGUUGACGACGACUACGUUGGAUUGAGAACGCACCGGCAUUUUGCUUUCGCGCAUGGACAGAUUUUCAGCAGCAGCGAGCGAGUUACACGAGAAAUCAUGGAUCGUCUCUGGCACGACCGCACGGGAUGGGCCUCCUCAGACCCGGCGACAGCCAUGCAGGACGAUGUCGCCCAUCAUUCGCAAGACGGCGCCGUCGCUUGCUUGGAAGUCGGCGAGCAGGCGCCGCCUGGCAAGGCGGCGAUAUCGGCGGCCCGCGAUGGGCCUGUCGCGCCUGCUGUCGCCACGAAUAACGGGGUGGAGGCUCCACCUCGCGCGCUGUUCCAUCCGAUCAAGGUGGACGACAUGCACGCGGAGAUGGACCGCCUGCGACUCGAACUGUGGGCGGCGCGCAUAGAGUGCAGCGAGUUGAGGGCUCAACUAGAGGCGCGGUCGGAGCGCGCGCUGGAAGAGGAGCGCCUGGCGGGCGCGAGGAGCGCGCGAGAAGAGGCGCAGCGGCAGGUGGAGGAGGCGAGGGGCGAGGCGGCGGCGGCGAGGCGCGAGGCGGAGCGCGCGAGGCGGUACCACGAGGAGGAGGUGGCCGUGCUGCUCGGCGCGCACCGCGACAAGGAGGCGCUCUGGCAGCGCAAGGAGGUGGAGUUGGAGCACGAGCUGCGCCACCUGCGCCACCGACUAGCCGACUCACGCAACGCGCUGUGUGUGGCGGAGGCGUGUGCGCAGGGCGCGCGGGAGGAGGGCAGCAGCGCCGUGGCUGUGCUGCGCCGGCAGCUGGCGGGGGCGCUGCGGGCGGCGGCGGAGCGGGAGAGGGAGCAGGAGGAGGCGAUGCAGCGCGUGGACGGCGAGCUGGCGCGGCUGCAGGGGCAGGCGGACGCCGCCGCGCAGCGCGAGGAGCUGGCAGCAGCGCUGAUCGACCGCCUGCACGCCGACAACGAGGCGCUCAGGGGCGCGCUGCUCGCCGCUCAGGAGGGCGCGCAUGGCAGCACGGCGGCGCGCAGGGGGCGCGUGGAGCAGGAAUGCAGCAGAUUGCAGGCAGCAAAAGGCGAGCGUGGAGACGUGGGGGAAGGGAAGUCAGUGCAGCGGGUUCCAGGAGGAGUGGUGCGGCGAGAUAUGCUUCAACCCAAGAAAUCUCAAGCCCCACAUCCUGAUGGCGCUCCUGGUGGCGGUGGAGGUGGUGCUGCCGACGAUGCAGAGGAAGCAAGGCGUGGCCGUGACGACCGGGGUGGAGCCAGUGGGGCGCACGGUGGGCUGGCUGCAGCAGCUGCAGGGGGGUCAAGGGGAGCAGGGGGCGCAGAGAUGCAGGCGGGCAGCCGGGAGUGGGGGGAUGGGGGUGCGUGUGGUGGUGCAUUCGACCAGAGGGCGUGGCCGAGUGAGGUGGGCGGGGAAGAGCCUGAAGGCCCACCGGAGCAGUGGCAUGAGAGCGGGGGCAGUGAGCAGCGUGCUGCAGUCGCUCACAGCGCGUGCGGCGUGGAGGAGCGGCGUGGCGGCGAGUACGAGUCGGCGUUCACGCUGCCGGUGCCCCGGCAGGGCGCGUGGAGCCGCGCCAAGCAGGCCGUGGCGCAGUACUAUGGGGGGGGCGCAGGCGAGGAGGGCGAGCAGGAGCAGCGCGAGAGGGAGCUGGAGGAGGUGCUGGAGGAGAACGGGCGGCUGGAGGAGCAGCUUCGGGCGCUGCAGGCGCAGGUGGGCAAGGCACAGCGCGUGGUGGCAUGGCAGGGGCGGCUGCGGCAGCGCGUGCUACAGCUGCGGGUGUGUCUGGAGCUGACGAGCAAGGUGGUGGACGUCAAGGACCGCGCGCUCGAACUCGCCGUGCACCGCGCCCGUGCCGCUGAGGCCCGCUGCACCCACCUGGACCGCCGCCUGCACCUCCUGCUGCCCGCCGCCUCUGCUGCCCCCGCUGCCCUGGGCGAGCACGGCAGCUCCCAAGCUGCCAGGGGGGCAGAUGGCUGUGGGGACAUCGCGGGGACUGGGCUGCAGAGAAGGUGUGCAGUGGCGGAGAUUGAGGCUGUGGGCGAGGAUGCGGCAGGGGUGCAGCACGGAGGAGAGGCAGGUGCAUCGUCAAGGCAUGAGGAGGGGGGCGCCCAGGAGGAGGGCAGCCCGGAAGGCGCUGAGGAGGGGGCGGGCGUGGCAGUGGUGGAGGCGGGUGGUGAGCAGUGCGUGGUGGCAACGGUGUCCACUGGCAGCUCAGGGUGGGCCGGCAUGCGUCGCAGGAGCAGGAGCAGGGGGCGCGUGCAAGGCGGCAGUGAGGCGAGUGGAGAGGAAGAGGAGUGGCCGGCGGUGGGGCUGAAGGAGCUGCAAGCGAGGCGGGACGUGCUGCUGAUUGCCAUGCACGGGCUGAGGGAGCGCGCAGCACUGGCUGCGGAGAUGGGGCUGCGAGCGGCAGCGGUGAUGGGGCGGCAGGGCAAGGACAAGCGUGCAGAGGUGAGCGAGAUGCUGGCAGCGGUGGAGGGCGAGGCUGACGAGGCACGUGUGCUGAUUGAACGCACAGAGAGGGUGGUGGCCCGCAUGGCAGUACUGGAGCGAAGGGGAAAGGUCAUGGAACGCAAGAUGGAGAGCAAGCGGGUCAAACUAGUCCAUUUGGAGAAUAAGUUUCACCUGGCUCCCAAGCCAGUCGCGUGCGACUACACGGUGGGGCGGUGGGUCUACGACGCGCGGAGCCGGUCGUACAGCAGCAAGUGCGCGUGGAUCCGCUCGGCCUUCAACUGCGAGCGGAACGGGCGGCGCGACACGGGGUACACCAAGUACGCGUGGAAGCCCAGCGCGUGCACCGUCCGACGCUUCGACCGCGCCUACUUCAAAGCCCUGCUCCGCAACAAGGUGGUGGCGUUCGUGGGCGACUCGUUUUCGCGCAACCUGCAGCAGGCCAUCGCGUGCGAGCUGGGCGUGGACGACCACGUGGAGCCGUGGUCGGGGUGGCUGGGCGGCACGCUCGUGUCGGGGCUGGCCGUGCCGCGCUACAACCUGAAGCUGGUGGCCGUGGUGGCGCCGUACCUGGUGCGCUACAGCAACCAGGACUGGGCGUUCAGGCAGUACGGGCUGCGGCCGGGCGACGGCAGCCGCUACGUGGUGUGGCUGGACCACAUGGACGACCAGUGGGCGGCCGUGCUGCAGCACGUGGACCUGGCGGUCUUCAUGUCGGGCCACUGGUUCCUGGACAAGCAGGGCGCCGAGGCCGUGCGCUCCACCGUGUACGUGGCCAACAACAGGGUGGUGCGCUUGAGCGGCAUGAGCGCGUACCGCGCCGCCAUCCGCAGUGUGAAGCGGUUCGUGACCGUGGAGCAGAGGUACCGUGGCGUGCCCAUGUGGCUCACCUACUCCCCCUCCCACUACUCGAGAGGUAACCCCCCCACAUGCCGCCACACCACACCCAUAUCUACGAAGAGGGUGCAAACCAUGGUGGCCCAUGACAUCUCCACAGCCUUCAGAAGGCUGGAGAUGCGCAUGUAA